CGCACAUAUUUAGUUGCCUCGUUUUCCUUGUUUAUAUAAAACCAAACCAAACCAAACCAAAUUCGUUUCCACCAUUUCAUCACUAACCUCAAUCCUGUUCCACAGUUUCACUCCAAGUCUGCAACUUUGAACAACCCAGUUUCCAAUGGCAGCCAAAGAACCAGAGAUCAUCAGAGACAAGGACCAGAUGAGGAACUGGUCGAGGGCCAUGAGAUCCCAAGGCAAAACCAUAGGCCUAGUACCCACCAUGGGCUACCUCCACGACGGCCACCUUUCGCUCAUCAGAGAAGCCCACGACCACUCCGACGUCAUCGUCGUCUCCAUCUACGUAAACCCAGGUCAGUUCUCUCCCACCGAAGACCUCUCCACAUACCCAUCUGAUUUCCACGGCGAUAUCCAAAAGCUGAAGGCUGUUCCUGGUGGCGUUGAUGUUGUUUUCAAUCCUCACAAUCUCUACGACUAUGGAACCAACAGGAGGUCGUCGGUGAGUAAUGGUGAAGCGGGAAAAUCGGUUUCUUGUGUGGAGGAGAAGGGGUUGGGGCAUGAGACAUGGGUUAGAGUUGAGACAUUGGAGAAUGGUAUGUGUGGCAAGAGUAGGCCUGUGUUUUUCAGAGGGGUUGCGACUGUUGUCACCAAGUUGUUUAACAUAGUCGACCCUGAUGUUGCUCUGUUUGGGAAGAAGGAUUAUCAGCAAUGGCGGAUUAUUCAGCGACUGGUUCGGGAUCUUGAUUUUUCCAUUAGAGUCAUUGGUUCUGAGGUAGUGCGUGAAAACGAUGGCCUGGCAAUGAGUUCGCGAAAUGUGCGCCUCUCACCUGAAGAACGGGAAAAGGCACUGUCUAUAAACAAGUCACUGUCAAGAGCUAGGUUUUCUGCAGAAAAGGGUCUAAUUAGAUGUAAAGAAUUAACAAAUUCAGUCAUCCAAGCGAUCAAUGAAGCUGGCGGAAGGGUUGAUUAUGCAGAGAUUGUAGACGAAGAAAGUCUGGAGCCAGUUGAAGAAAUAAGAAGUCCUGUUGUGUUCUGUGUUGCUGCUUGGUUUGGAAAGGUCAGAUUGAUAGAUAACAUGGAGAUCAACAUAUGAAUCCGGUGUCCUACACUUCUAGGGAAUAGUUCCUCAUGUUGGAGUUUUUAUUUUUUAUUUUUAUAUUCUCUCUGGCCAAGCCAUUUUUUUCACUAUAUUUUCAAGGGAACAGUUUCUUAUGUUGUAAAUUACAGUACAGAUGUCGUACGUUCACUUGCAACAUUUUAUCAAUCUCUAUUUCAUUUUCAGGUAA